AUGUUUCGAUGCCUGUUCUACCAGAAAUCAUUUGAAUUUAGAUUGGUGAACGCUAGACAAAACGAUGCGGUGGAUCUUUUCGGGGAUAUCCAACGAAAUCCAAAUGCGAAAAGUAACAAGGAUGAGCUAUCCGUUAAUAACCCGGAAGACUAUUUCCAAGGUGAUGUCGAUUUAUCGGAACAGCAAGUUCAACAAAUUGAAAAAUCAUUCACAGAAGGGCAUCGUGAAAAGCGAAAAAUCGGCCGUACACCGCUCUAUACGCUAUGGGAUCGUAGGCGUGCAAUAAGUUUUGAUUUCACUGAGACCGUUCCAAGGCAAACUCGUGACAAGAUCCGGGAGGCUAUGAAACUUUGGCAAUAUCAUACGUGUGUUCGAUUCGAUGAAGGUGGUCCAAGUGUGGAUCGUUUGGAGUUUUUCGAUGGUGGUGGAUGCUCAUCAUUCGUGGGAAGAGUGGGAGGAACUCAGGUAACUCGUAUACUAACGGAUGAAAAACAGCAUUCCGCUCAGCUAGGAAGUCUGGAAACUUCUUAA